AUGUGCGGCUGGCAGAAGUGGCCCUGGGACGGCGAGAUGCCCUCGGAGCGCAGGGACGUCCUGGUGCUACUCCCCACGCGGGAACGGCUGCGGCUGGCCGUGGGGGUGCAGGCUGCCGGGCACGAGCUCUUCCAGCAGGUGUGCGACCUGGCCGGCAUCAGAGAAGCCCACUUCUUUGGCCUCAGUGUGAUAAGAAACAGCGAGCACGUCUUCAUGGAUCUGGAGCAGAAGCUCAGCAAAUACUUCUCAAAGGACUGGAAGAGAGAAAGGCAUAGACCCCAGGGAAGCGGCAGGCCCGGGGCCCCCUUCGUGGCCUUCCUCAGGGUGCAGUACUACGUGGAGAACGGAAGGCUUAUCAGCGACAGGACGGCCCGGCACCUGUACUACUGCCACCUGAAGGAGCGGGUGCUGCGGUCCCAGUGCGCCCACCGGGAGGAGGCCUACUUUCUGCUGGCUGCCUACGGGCUGCAGGCCGACCUGGGCAAUUACCGCGAGCCAGCACACUCGGGCCGCUACUUUGAGCCGCAGGCCUACUUCCCGCAGUGGAUCAUCACCAAGAGGGGCAGCGGCUACAUCCUCAGGCACGCGCCCACACUGCACCGUGAGCAGGGGGGCCUGAGCCCCAAGGAGGCCGUGCUGCGCUUCAUCCGGGAGGCCUGCCGGCUGGAGGACGUGCCCGUCCAUUUCUUCAGGCUGUACAAGGAUAAGAAGGAGGACCGACCUACCAUUGUCCUGGGACUGACCCUCAGAGGGGUGCAGGUCUAUCAGGAGGUGAACCGCGCUGCGCAGCUGCUCUACGACUUCCCCUGGCGCCACAUCGGGAAGCUGGCCUUUCUGGGCAAGAGGUUUGAGCUGUGGCCGGACGGGCUGCCCGCGGCCCGGAAGCUGGUGUACCGCACGGGCUGUUCCUGGCGCUCCCGCCACCUGCUGCACCUGCUCAGUAGCAGCCACCAGCUGCACCUGACCCUGCAGCCCGCGCUGCAGCGGCUGCGGCAGCUGGAGGAGGCCCAAGAGAAGAAGUGCUACCGGGAGUCCUGCGUCAGCGACGUGCUAGAGCUGGACCUGGACCUGGACCUGGCCAGCAGGGCGUCCCCCGGCUCCCCUGGCAGCGGGGACAAUAGGGACGGAGGCUGGCGUCCCCCGCACCGCCUCUCGCUCCUCUCGUCUGGCAGCCACUGCAGCUCCCGCUCGUCGGGCAUCGAGGCCGACUCCCAGCUGGCGGAGCCCGGGGAGAUGUCGGUGGAUGAGCCCGUCGUCGGGGCUGCCGCGCUCCACGGGGAGGAGCCGCCCAGCAGCUCCAGGACCAGCCAGAGCAGCCGUGGCACAGUUGGUGGUGGCAGAGGUGGGCCUGAGGGUGACAUCCGGGACCAGGGGGAAGCCUCUCCCCAGCAGCCCUUGGCCGCGGUGCGGGUAACGCUGGUGAGCACGAGGGGCCCGAGCGCUGAGGCCCUGCACCAGCUGCCGGAGGCCCGGGCGGCAGCCGGCCCCGCGGCCCCGCACAGCCGCAGCGUGGACGACGCGCGCCCCGCCCCGCGCCCCGCCCCGCGCCGCGCCCCGCGCCCCGCCCCGCGCAGCUGCCCCCUCCGCCGCGCGCUGGACCCCGGGCCGAGGAGGUCCGUGAACUCCCGCUCCCUGGACCUGCUCGGAGAAGACCACCACCCUGAGGAGUUUGUGGUGUAG